AGAGGAGUGAGAGCGCAAACCACAUGCUGAAGUCAUACAUGCCCCCCGCCAGCCCGAUGCACGUUUUCGUCCGUCAAUACAUGAGGCUUCAGUUCGACCGUGAGCGUGAUGAAAGCUACGAGGAGAAGAGAACAAUGAUUGGGUGCGCAGUGCGGCGGACAAACCUUGCAAUAGAGCGGCAUGCAAGCAAAAUAUAUACAAGGAAUAUGUUUGAGGAAUUUGGACGCUUACUAAUAGAAGCAACUGCAUACAAUGUUACUGAAAAGAAAAUAUGAGGAAAUAUAUAACUACUCACAAUAAUGCAGCCAAACGAGAGAAGUGGAGCAGGGUGGAGUAUGAAGUUACAGUUAACGAAGACAGAACAAUAUUCACGUGGGAAUGUGGUCAAUUUGAGCACACAGGCAUGCUUUGCUGCCAUGCUUUGCGGGUGAUGGAGAUUCUACAUCUUGAUGAAAUCCCUAGAUAUCAUAUCUUGAAAAGGUGGACAAGAGAUGCUAGAGAUGUACUACCGGAGCACCUGGCUCAGUACCAGAAAGACAAAUCGCAUAAUUUGUCUUUCACGUACAUGCAUUCAACAUUAUAUUUUAAAGCCAUGGAAGCUGUUCGGAUGGGGGAUGCAAGUGCUGCAUGCUAUGACUACAUGAAUUCUGGACUCGACUCCCUGCUGCGGGGUGGAGCACCUCUGGCGGCCGUGCGUGAUGGAUUGGCAUUCGAGGAUCGUCUAAAUGACAAUGGAAAUGUUAGUGCAGCGUGUAACGGCCAAAAUGAUAAUGCAGUUCAGGAGGCUGAGCAAUGCAACAGUGCUGUGAAUUCUGUGGGCAUGAAUGAACUUCACUGCCUUGCAGCUCCGGAAAAGCGUAGAGGUGCUGGCAGGCCGACAAGCAGCAGGGAGAAGGCACCAUAUGAAGGGCUGAGUAAGAGAACCAGGUUCUGCAGCAUUUGCCGGCGCGAGGGGCACAAGAGGACGACAUGUCCAGAACGAGGGGAUGCUCCGAAGAAGCCGCGGAAGCCAAGCAAGUGCAAGAACUGCGGAAUAGAGGGGCACCGGCGGAACACAUGCAAGAGGCCUCUUGGGUUUGCCGAGAGCUGAGCAGUGCAAUCUCCAUUCAAUGACUCUGAUUUCUUUUUUUCCGUGAGUCAUGUAUCUCAUUUUCCUGAUAUUGCUUUGAUGAGGCAAGGAGAAAAAAAGGGGUGAUGCUGUGGGAAGAAAAUGUAAUUUGGUCUGAGAUAAACUGUCCAUGUUUUCAACAAUGGUCGCGUGUGUCUUUGAACACAUGUAAGAAUUUAUCGUUUCAAGAAUAAUUUUGUAGUUCCAAUGUUUUUUAGAAUAAGUGUUUCGCUCUUGUAAGGGCGAGAG